UGGGCCUUCUCACUCCUACACGGAAUACACAUGUACUCUUUGCUGCUAUGUGCUUUUCGAUGCCGAGCCAAUAGGUCCUGUCUCCCAUACCUGCGAUCGCAGCCAGGAACGGUGCACACAAAACACCUGUGCCCAGAGUCCUUCGCGUGUUUCUCCAAGGCAAGCAUGCUGCCGCAGACCGCCUCGCAUGAUGCACACUUCUGCCCAGAGGAGCUGGAGUCUCUUGAAUCCGGGCCCUUACACACCGGCUUCACGUCCUUAUUCAUUGACGCACCCGGAACUGAGUCCUCUAUGCACCAGAGUUCGGAAGGACCGCGGCAAGACCAGAAAUCCGUGGCACGACUUGUAGACCUCGGGACUGCAUCCGGGUUGUAAGGUUCCCAUGAUCCUUGCACCAACUGAUAAGACUCCUCUGCUCCAGGAAGUUGCCAGAAGCCAUCCAACAUUGGAUCGUCGAACAGAGCAGAGGCUUCGAUGUCUGCGAAAUGGGAUGGUGAGACGACUGCACUCAUCAAGUC